AAUAAAAUAAAAAUAAUAUAUAAAUAUACAAUAUAUCUCUUGGGAUUGCCAUUUGUCUGGUGUUCCUCAAACUCUUUUCAUGGAUUACUGUCUUCUUGUUUGCUCUAAACCCUGCUUCUCCUUCUGACUUCAUUUCAGUGAAAGAGAUUUGCAGCCAUUGUGAAGAAACCAGAAAUCAGGCUCUUAGUUCCAAUUGCUGAUAAUCUUGUGAUGUAUUCAGACCAAGCCUUUUCAUCAGGGUCCUAUGCGGAAAUGUUAUCAGGAGGUUCUUUGUUACCUCAUAACUAUGCUGAAUCUGUAGGAGGAUCACAAAAUGAGGAGCAAAACAUGCAGUGCCAGGGCCUAUCUCUUAGUCUCGGCACUGUAAUGCCUUCUGCUGGAUCUGUCCCUCAAUUUCAAUACCAGUAUCCCGACACCGGUUUCUUACCACUACUGAAUUCUUUUGUUCCUAACAUGAAAGGAACCAUGUCAAUUAAAGAUGAUGAGACCAACCUACAUAAGGAGUUGAGAAGUGCUGAAAGCAUGGCAUCUGUGUCUUCUGAAGGCUUUCAUGACAUGAUCAAAAGGGAAGGUUUUUAUAACCAGCACCCUUCAAUCUGUUCUAAUCCAUGCCUUCAAGGAUCACAAGGUUUUUCAAACAUUGUCCAAAACUCGCGGUACCUCAAGGCGGCACAGGAGUUGCUUGAUGAAGUAGUUAGUGUCCGGAAGGCUUUGAAGCAAUCUGGAAUGGAGAAACAAGAAAAUUUCCGUGAUGUUGGAUUAGAUGGAUCCAAAGGUUCUGAUGGUAAAUCUACCAGUCAAUCUGUGCAAAUAUCUUCAGGACCUAAUGGUUCUUCGGCCAAUCCUUCUUGUGAACUAUCAUCAGCAGAACGACAGAACUUAUUGGAUAAGAAGACAAAGCUUUUGUCAAUGUUGGAUGAGGUGGAUAAAAGAUACAGACUGUACUGCCAUCAGAUGCAAAUUGUAGUGUCAUCUUUGGAUAUGGUUGCUGGGUGUGGUGCAGCAGAACCAUACACUACACUCGCUCUGCGAACAAUUUCUCGCCAUUUUCGCUGUUUACGCGAUGCUAUUAGUAGCCAAAUUCAAGUGGCUCAAAGGAACCUUGGGGAACAAGAGGGGAUACCCCGUCUCCGCUAUGUGGAUCAGCAGCUUAGACAACAAAAAGCCCUUCAGCAGCUUGGUGUUAUGAGACAAGCUUGGAGGCCUCAGAGGGGACUCCCUGAAAGCUCUGUUUCAAUACUCCGUGCUUGGCUCUUUGAGCAUUUUCUUCAUCCUUACCCCAAGGAUUCAGAGAAAAUAAUGCUAGCAAGGCAAACUGGCUUGACCCGUAACCAGGUGGCAAAUUGGUUCAUCAAUGCAAGGGUGCGUCUUUGGAAGCCAAUGGUUGAGGAAAUAUACAAAGAAGAGAUUGGUGAUUCCGAGAUAAUGAAGUGCAAUCUUUCAUCAGAAAACACACUCAAAGGUAAAAGAGAUGGUGUUCAAGAGUCUAACAAUAAAUGGGAAGAGUCACAGGACAAUUCAAUAGCUGUUGAUAAUAAUAGUAUCCAAUUGGAGCAUGCCUCCUCCAAUACAGAAGAAAAUGUGAUGGAUUCUGAGACUAGGAAAUUGCAGGGUAACCAAAGGUUUAGCCUUUAUUCAAUGUCCCAAAUGGAUUCUACUCCUGCCACCACAUAUGAUGAUGAUAUAUCACUUGCAUUGGAGUUGAGGAACUGUGAAAGCGAUGGAUUUGGCAUUGUUGAUGACGCCAUGCACAAAAGACGUAAUCAAACAUUGGCUUCAUCUCUAGAGACUGAUUUACUAGAUUACCAUUUCACAGAUUCAGGAAAGCAACAACACAGCAGGUUCAGCAAUCCUCAUCUGAUGCAUGAGUUUGUUGUAUGAAAUCUUGCAAAAAAAAUUAUUUGACAGAUUUUAAGGGAUUCUCUGGAAAGUUGUGCGGAAAGGGAAAGUUUCUUGUUCAAUUAUUCUUGUUGCCCUUUUGUUCAUAAAAGUGGUGUAAAAUCACAAACAGUACAAAAUAUAUACAGCAGGUAGGUUGGUAUGUGUAGAUAUCAUUCAGCUUGUAAUGUGACAGAUGAUUGGUUGUAUCUGCAGGCAAAUUUUUGUAAGGAUAAAGAACACUUCUCGUGCA